AUGGAGGAAAGGCGAUGCCCAGUGUGUAAAAGUGAUAUUUAUUUGAAUCCGGACAUAGUCAUAUACAUAAGUCCUUGUUUCCACAAAGUGUGCGAGUCUUGUAUGUUUAGGAUAUUUAACAGGGGACAGGCGCCUUGUCCCGAAUGUGGGACAAUGCUAAGAAAGGUGAACUACAUUAAGCCAACAUUCGAAGACAUAACAGUUGAAAAAGAAUGCAAAAUACGAAGAGUCCUUCUGAGGGCUUUCAAGAGGGAAGAGGAGGAAUUUGGCGGUGAUGUUGUGAAGUACAAUGAUUAUCUUGAGAAAUUUGAAGAGCUUGUGUUUGAAGUUCUGGAUAUGAGAAGUGAAUCUCUUGUAAAGGAGAAAAUAAAAGAGAUACAGGAUAUGGGAGAGAGAUCUGUUCUUAAUCCUGCACCAAAAAUUAUUUCUGGCAAGAGCGCUCUUCAUACUAGAAAGAGGCAAAGCCAAAAUUUGAAGGAGGGGGAAAGCAAGAUACAAAAGAUCAGCGUUGUUGCCGAUUAUUUUGAUCCAGAUGAACUCCCAAGAAUAAUAGCAAAGCCCUCCAGGAAAAUCUAUUUACCAAAAGGUUUUCUUGAGCCGAGUCUUCCUAGUGGAUUGCUGCACGAGACGAUUGUAUCCUUUGCUAUCUCGUCACUGUAUAACCCCAGCAUAUAG